AUGGCUGGGUGUGGCGGGCGCUGGCAGUACAUUCUUGGGGCUGUGCUCUCCGGAGCCCUGCUGCUUACCGUUGGGAUCUUGUUAGGGCACUAUGCGAUCUACAAAGAACCCCAAACCCCGGAGUGGAUUCACAGCCUCUCUAGAGACCUGGACCCAGCUCUGCUCGAAGACUUCAUGAACCAGGUGGAAGCCACACGCAUUGGACACAACCUCAAGGAUCUGUCUUCCAAGCCCCACAUGGCUACCACGAAGGGGGAUGAAGAACUGGUGCAGCUGAUUCUGAAAGCCUGGCGAGACCCCCAAACUGGCCUGGACAGCGCCACGGAGGGCCAGUACGAAGUGUUCCUCUCCUUCCCUGACCCAGAGAAACCCAACUCUGUGGCUGUGGUGAUGGAAAAUGGCAGCCAAGCCUUUAUCUCCCAGGAGACAGAGAAGAAUCUGACUGCGGACCAGGCUGACAGAGACGUUGUGAAGCCUUAUGCAGCUUACGCACCUCCAGGGAACCCCAAGGGGAAACUGGUCUAUGCCAAUCAAGGCAAAAUGAGUGACUACGAAUACCUGGUCCAACAGGGCAUUGAUCUCAAUGGCACCAUCGCCAUAACUCGCUACGGGGGUGCUGGCCGCGCAGACAAGGCCAUCAACGGUGCCAAAUUUGGCGUGGUUGGGGUGGUGGUGUACACCGACCCUGGGGACAUCAAUGACGGCAAGGCUUCAGCAACAGAGACGUACCCCUAUUCGUGGUACCUGCCCCCCUCGGGCGUGGAGAGGGGUUCCUAUAGCAACCACUUUGGAGACCUGCUGACUCCUUAUUACCCAGCCAAAGGUUUCACUUACAGGAUUCCGGAGGACCAGAUCACAGGGAUCCCUCCCAUCCCCACCCAGCCCAUUGGCUUUGAGGAUGCCAAAACGCUUAUCUGUAACCUGGCUGGCAACCCUGUGGCAGAGGCAGCUUGGCAGGGAGCACUGGGCUGUGUCUACCAUCUUGGACCAGGAUUCAGACAAGACGGGCUGUUCUCCAAUGCCAGUGAGGUCCAGGUCAGCGUCCAUAACUACAGAAGGAUCAACACAUCUUCCAAUGUGAUGGGACUGAUAAGAGGAAGUGUAGAGCCUGACCGAUACGUCCUCUAUGGUAACCACCGGGACAGCUGGGUGCAUGGUGCUAUCGAUCCCAGCAGCGGAACGGCGGUCAUGCUGGAGAUCAGCCGAGUGCUGGGGAGGAUGGUGAAAGAAGGGAAGUGGCGCCCACGAAGGUCUAUUAUUUUUGGCAGCUGGGGUGCUGAGGAGUUUGGUCUCAUUGGUUCUACAGAGUAUACAGAGGAAUUUUAUAGCAAGCUGCAACAGCGCAGCGUGGCCUACAUCAAUGUGGACAUUGCAGUCUUUGCCAACGCCACCUUGAGGGCUCAAGGAACGCCACCUGCGCAGAGUGUCAUCUUUGCAGCUGCCCAGCAGGUGAAAACCGCAGCUGCAGCUUCUUCCCCGUCAGUCUAUGAGAACUGGAAGCAACACUUCAGCCGAAACAGUUCAGUCUAUGGCAUCAUCCCCAGCUUAGGAUCUCUGGGUGCUGGAAGCGAUUAUGCCUCUUUCAUUCAUUACCUGGGCAUCACAUCCAUGGAUAUUGCUUACACCUACGACCGGACCAAGACUUCGGCCCGUAUCUAUCCAGCUUAUCACACAGCCUUUGACACCUUUCACUAUGCACAGAAUUUCAUUGACCCAGGGUUCACCAGCCACCAGACUGUGGCACGGACAGCUGGCAACGUGCUGAUGCGCCUGGCAGAUGCCUUGAUCCUGCCGCUCAACGUGAGCGACUACGGCGAGACGCUGCAACAGAUGUACAGUGUUGCCAGAGAGGCGUUCCAGGCAGACCUGACCCAUCACAACAUCUCGCUUGACCCACUCUGGGCUGCAAUAGACCGUUUCCAGGCUGCUGCUGGUGGUCUUAACCAGCGCAUAGCAAACCUGAGGGAGGAAGCAAACCCCAGCCCCCUGGACGUGCGGAUGGUGAAUGACCAGCUGAUGUUGUUAGAAAGGGCCUUCCUGAACCCCAGAGCCUUUCCGGAAAAGUAUUACUACAGCCACGUCAUCAUGGCCUCUCGGUCAUCUUCUCUGGCCACCUUCCCAGGACUUGCUGAUGCCUACGAUAACGCCAAGGAGGACGGCCGGUGGGGUGAGGUUCACAAGCAGCUCACCGUUGUAAUCCAAGCGAUAGAGAAUGCCGCCUCCACCCUGGAGCCUGUGGCUGAAUAACAGGGCUGCUAAAAUACCAAUAAAAACAGUGUCUUCUAUUCCUCGCUGACUUGCUUCUCCCACCCUGUUUUUAAAGUGGUUUUGUGGGUCAUGGGUUUGCCUUAUCAUUGUUUUGUUUUUCUUCGAUGCCUGUAAGCUACUCGGGGGAUGCUGGGAAUGGGGCAGCUUGAAAAUUGUACCAAUAAAUAGAUA